AUGGAACGCGUCUUAAGACUUCUUGUUGCCGCAACUGCUGUUGCACAUGUCACUGCUGAUGACUUCAAUGUCCUACAGCAUCUGGGAGGCAAUGGGCAAUGGUUCCCAGGCCCUGAAGUAACAGGCAUUUCUUCUGAAGUACCAGAGGGCUGCAAGGUGGACUUGGCUGCUUUCUUCUCGCGCCAUGGCAGCCGUUACCCAGAUAAUGGCGCCUACAACGAGUGGGUGGCGCUCCAAAAUCAUAUUCAAGAGUCGCCUUUCACCGUAAGCGACGAGAAGCUCGAAUUCUUGAAGAACUGGAAGCCCGUACUCUCCAAUCCCAGUGCCCAGAUUGCCCAGAUUUCACCCACUGGGUAUAAAGAACUUACAGAGAUGGGGGCGACAUGGCGUCUACGUUACUCCGACCUAUACGAGUACAACACGCCCUUUACCAUGUGGUCAAACUAUUACAACUCAAGCCCUCGAGUGCGGGAUAGUGCGCGAAUGUUCGUUCACGGUUUCCUGGGGCCUAAUGCCACUGAGCUUGGGACGAUCUUCGCCCUCAACAGCAGUGACCCGGCAUCAUGGAUGAAUUCGCUCGCACCUAGCGAUCUUUGCCCAGCAUACAAAGACCAAGGUGGCAGUCCAUAUAUUGACCAAUGGCAAGCCAUAUACCUGCCACCUAUCGUGGCCAGGCUCAACGCCGAGAUCAAGGGCAACUUCACCUUCACGCAGCAGGAAGUCAGCAUAAUCCCGUACCUGUGUGGCUUCGAGACGCAAAUCACCGGACAGCGAAGCCCGUUCUGCAACAUCUUCACCGACGAGGAGAUCCUUCAAUAUGAGUAUGCGCAGGAUCUGCGAUACUGGUACGGUACUGGCUUGGGCACCGAUAUCGAGAAAUUACAAAUGCUUCCAACCCUGGGCAUGCUCGUUCGACGCUUUGUCGACGGGCCCAACAAGACGUAUACGCUUCGCAAUUCUACUUUCCAGGCACCCAACGUCAUAGCUUCGUUCUCGAACGACGGGCAAAUCACCCAGCUUAUCGCCGCCAGUGGCGUUUUCGACAACGAGCCUCAGCUUCCUGGGAACAGAACAUUACCGAACAGGAAGUUCCGUGCUAGCAGGCUGACUCCUAUGCGAGGUACCAUUGCUUUUGAGCGCUUGGUGUGCUCUGGUUCAGGCUCUUCUCCGAAUGCGUCUACAAGCGCUGUGCCCAGCUAUCCUUCCGGCUCCAGCACUGGUACGGCACCUAUUUCGACUCCCGGUGCUAAUGAAACCAGUUCUGCUCCUGUGUAUGGUACCGGUUCUUCAUCAGGCUCUGCUGCUGCUACUUCUGGUAGCUCCGUGCAAGGAUAUGCGCAUGGCCAUGGACCCAGCUCUGUUGCUGCUCCUGCUUCUAGCUCUGUGCAUGGAUAUGCGCAUGGACAUGCACCCAGUUCUGCUGUUCACUCCACCCCUACCGUCGCACCAGGCUAUGCCACUGGCGACGCUCCCCACAAGCGCGAUAAUUCCACCAACCCUGCGCCUUCCUCAACAUACAUUCGAAUCAUUUUGAACGACGUUGUGUAUCCGGUCGCCAACUGCAACGAUGGCCCCGGCUCCUCAUGCCCGCUAUCGCAGUACCAGAAGCUUGUUAAGGAUAAGCUUGCUAAAGCGGGAAGCUUUACGAAGUUCUGCAACACCACGAACGCUGCGUUUUCGGGCGAGCCUCAGUCCAACUUCUUCAUGGACAAUACGCUUUCUUUCGCGAAUGUUGUUAAGCCGUAA